GGAAUCUGGGAUGGGCACUAGGGUGGUGAGGAUCGCCUGUGGGCCCAGUCCUCUACUCUUGCCCCUGAUGUUUCUGCUGCCCCUGAGCCCCAAGGCUGGCUCUGUUCUGAAGUCUGGUGUCCCCAGCCCCUCAAAGUUUUCUGGGGUAGCACCAUGGAGAGCGGGGCCACAGCAAGGCUGGGAACCGUUGACCAGCGAGCAUCAGGAUUCUAUGAGCAGAGCAGAAGCAAAUCCCAGGCCCCAGGGGACUAUCAGGUUCUGCUGGGGAAUACUCAGCUAUACCAGAAAACACAGCACACUCAGAAGAUGUCUGUGAAUCGUAUCAUCAAACACCCAGACUUUGAGAAGUUUCAUUCCUUUGGGAGUGACAUUGCAAUGCUGCAGCUGCGACUGCCCGUGAACUUCACAUCCUAUGUUGUGCCUGCCUGCCUCCCACCUAAAGAUGCACAGCUCCACAACCACACAUCCUGUUGGAUAACUGGAUGGGGAAUGCUUUCUGAAGACACAAAACUGUUACCACCCUUCUCACUGCAAGAGGGUGAAGUGGGCAUCAUUGAGAAUGAGUUCUGUAAUGCCUUAUAUGGGCGAAGACCAGGCCAAAACAAGGACUAUGUGCAUGAGGAAAUGCUGUGUGCCGGAGGCCUCUCCACAGGAAAGUCCAUCUGCCGGGGUGAUUCUGGGGGUCCCCUCAUCUGCUACCAAACCAGUUUAUGGGUCCUGGUGGGACUGGCUAGUUGGGGCCUGGACUGCCGACAUCCCAUUUACCCCAGCGUCUUUACCAGGGUCACCUACUUCACUGACUGGAUCAGCCAAGUCAAGGGACUUACUCCACUUCCAGAAUCUGGAUCUGUGUCUCCUCACACAGAACUACAACCUAGGCCUCUGAGAGCUGCUGGCUCCCCACAAACCUGCAACAUCUUCAUAGUUGCACAAAUCUGGUUCCUAUUGGUAUUUAUCCCUGAGGCUCAAGACCAGGCCCCAGGGUGAGCACCAGGCCUUUGGGCAUUCUUUGCUCAGACUUCCCUAAGCUAUGCCUCCAUUCUUUAGUUUACCAUCUGAAUAUUUUCCUUAGUAUAUCUGCCCAUUCACUGCCACUACUAAA